GCUGGGAGGAGCAGGUCUGGGAGGUUGCAUGUGGAGAACGUUGUGUGCUGUGGUUUUUCCCCCCCUCUCUACACUCCUUUCUUUCCACAGAGGUAUUAGGCAGCUGCUCUUACAGAAUCAUGCUACAUUCAGACUUUAUUUUGUUUUGAAACGUUUCCUGUACAACUCAUUUCUGUAGGUGGGGAUCGGUUAAGUUGCGGAUAGCUAUCCGGGGGCAGAAGAAAGUUGCUUCUUGGGUAGCCACAUGGAGGUAAUUACGCUUCUUGCAUUCCACAGACUGUGAUGCUCCCCCAUGCAGGGCUGACUGCCAAUCCAGCAGGAAACCAAUGUUCAGCAUUGUGCCUUCCUUUCUGCCCCAUCUCACUAUCCCAGGACUUCUUCUGGACUAAUGAACAAAGAUGCACACUUUAAUCCAAUCUGUUCUGGGUCUAUGGUAUGUCUUGGGAGCAUUAGCUCAGACAGAAAUCAAGCUUGUAGCAGAUGAGAAUGUGACACUUCCAUGCCGCCAUAGCCUCGGACACCUGGGGACACAGAGCUUGGAUAUUGAAUGGCUGUCAAACAUUUCUGAUUAUGGAAAGCAAGUUCUGCUCAGUUACAGUGGAGGACAGGUCUACGAUGCUGAAAACCACAAGGGACGUUACAGCUUUGUGUCCAAAUAUCUAGAAGGAGAUGCUUCACUGUUCAUCAGAUCUCUGCAGCCCAGUGAUGCGGGACAGUACAUCUGCAAAGUCAAAAAUGCAGGACAGUAUACAUGGAGUUAUAUUACAGUAAUUGUUUUGGUUAAGCCUUCAGAACUAGCAUGUAGCUCAGAAGGAGAACAACUUGAGGGGAAAAAUUUGACAUUGAAAUGCAAGUCAUCGGCUGGCACAAAACCCUUGAACUACCGCUGGUUCCGAGUGAAUCUCAAAGAUGCUGUAGAAAGGCCCAUGCAGAGUACAGCACGCAGCGGACCAGAAAAUCAACUGUUGUUGCAUAAUUUAAGUAAAACAGACAAUGGAUCCUAUCGAUGUGAAGUGUCUAAUGAAGUAGGGAUGCGAAUCUGUGAUGUACAUGUAACUGUGCAGCGUGUGAGCAACACAGGAAUUCUAGCAGGUGUCACCUGUGGAGUAGUGGUUGGUGUGUUCCUUAUUUUCCUUACAGUCUGGCUGCUGUUUCGUAAAAAGGAUUUCAAGAAAAAAGAAGAGGAAGAAUACUUUAAUGAAAUUAGGGAAGAUGCCGAAGCCCCAAAAGCUCGACUUGUGAAGCCUGGAUCAUCUUCCUCAGACUCCAGAAGCUCUCAAUCAGGUUCUUCAUCUACCAGGUCUACAACAAACAGUGCCUUGCGGAGUCAAAGGACUCAUUCGACACAGGAAACUCCCCAUGGUGAGCAAAGACAUCAUUGUCUAGAGAAGAUAUAGCAGGAAGGAAAAAAAAUGAACUUUUUAAAGCAACAAAAUGAAGCCAUUUUCUCUACUAACCUGGAUGUGAUCUGCGGAGAUAUUGUGGACAUGCACAUUAUUUAAAAAAGAAAAACUUUUGAGUAGGCUGGUUGAAUUCAUUUUAUCUGUCACUUAAAUUUUUAAUCUUUUUACAACUUGGAGAUCUACAGUAUUACAUACAGCAUAUUGUAAAUGGUACUAAAAAGUUACACCUAUGUUCUGAUUUUCAAUAAUAUGAUGUAUUUAUGCAGAACCUAGAUAAAAGUACAAAAGUGGAAUGUGAAUAAUAACUACAAUGCUUUUAAUGCAUUUUGCUAUUUGAACAAUUUGUUAUUGGAGGUCUUCCGAGAGGCAACACCUUGAUAAAGCAUUGUAAUCAAUGUGAAUUGUUUUAUAAGGGAAACCACAUAAAGUCUUAUUUUAUAAUAAAAAUACAAGUUGAUAUUACAAUACAAAUUAUUUUAAGAAAGUACAUUUUCAUGCUUAUUAUCAUGUCUAUAUAUAUGUGUGUGUUUCAUAUUUUGCAUCCUCAAGAAUUUAAGAUUACAAAUUAUACAGAAUUUUUAGGAUAGCUGACAAGAUGUGGUUCAGAUCCUAUUACCUGAUCCAUAUUCACGGCAAGUAAAUCUAUUAUAAUUUAUAAAAAGUAUUUAAAUAUUUACUCUUUUGAUAUCAGACAACUGACCAUACAAAUCCAUUUACAUAGUAUGGCUCUAAAACUAAGCUUAUACCGCCUACACUUUACAAUUCUAUACAGUUUUUUUAGUGCUGUCACUUUCCGUCACAUCAAAGAUUCAGAUUUCAUAUAUUUUUAAACAUCAUUGGAUUUGUUUCCUAUACCUCAACUAAACGCGUAUUUAUUUAUUCUUACUUAUUCAUAUUUUCCCAAUUACAUAAAAAAAUACCUCUCCA